UUGAAUUUCAUACUCGACGAGCGGCACCAUCUCAGUUAAUUCAUUGGAUUUUCUUCAUAUUUAUUGAAUAAUCUAAGUGAAAAUUGUUAUACGGAAGACGCAAACAUGUCCACGAUGGACGUGAAGUCGUUUUUCCACUCAUGGUGUGCUAAAAAAGGCAUAAAUCCUACGUUUGAUAUCCGGGCCACAGGUCCAAAACACCGUCAACGUUUCCUUUGCGAGGUCCGAGUCGAAGGCAUCGCAUAUGUCGGGGCUGGUAACUCCACCACCAAGAAAGAGGCCCAGGUGAAUGCCUCCAGGGACUUUGUUAACUACCUCGUGCGAUCAGGGCAGGUGGCUCAGAAUGACGUUCCCGAGGAAGUGAGGGUGAAGACUGAGAAUGAACAGGGGGCAAUGGCUCAGGAAACUAUGAGUCAGAGAGCUAUGAAUGAGGGUCCGCAGGGCAAUUACCAGAGUAGGCCUGUUUUCCAGGAAGGAAUGGGGCCACAAAGCAUGGGUCCAGCUUACCAAGCCUACGGAGGUGAUGACCAGGGCGAACAGAACCGUCGCUUCACUUACAUGGACCGACUUCAACAGCAGAAGAAUGUUGAGGAGGCUGAAGAUUUGGACGUCAACGCUAGCCUUCAUGGCAACUGGACAAUGGAGAAUGCCAAAUCGAAACUGCAUCAGUUUUUGCAAGUUAAUAAGAUCCAAGCAGAUUACGUUUAUAAAGCUGUGGGACCGGAUCAUACACGGAGUUUCUGCUGCGAAAUGACGAUCUACGUGCGACAGCUCGGUCGGAACGUGACAGGCAGAGAGACGGCGUCCAACAAACAGACUGCCAGCAAGUCCUGUGCCUUGUCUCUUGUGCGGCAACUUUACCAUCUCGGAGUCAUCGAGCCUUUCAGCGGGACCUUGAAGAAAGACAGAUCCUCUGAAGGUAUCAUGAAGCCAUACCCUGUGGCUGUCAGUCCAGAUCUUGAGGCGCAGCUGGAGGAAUGUCUACAAGAGCUGGACAUAACCCCUAUAGACGUGGCAACAGCGAGGCCGGAGCAGCAAGGGGAGGGUCAAUCAGCCACUGUCACGCUGCUGCAGGUGGAUAGAGUGCGCGCCAUGAGGGAAGCGAGGCCCACUCCCGGCGGGGUGGUCUCCUGGUCACCUCCACAGGCUAACUGGAAUGCCUGGACUGGUUGUAACAUUGACGAAGGACCAUUAGCUACGACGAGUCUGGAUGACAUCAGCGCUGACUUAGAAAAACAUCACCGCGACGUAUGCCAAAACAGCCAACUUUAUCAGGAAAGCUUGCGGGAACGUGAACAAUUACCGGUGUACGCUAUGCGGUCUCAGAUCAUGGAGGCUAUCAACGAGAACCCUGUAAUCAUCAUUCGAGGCAACACUGGCUGUGGCAAGACUACUCAGGUAUGCCAAUUCAUCCUGGACGACUACAUAGCGAGCGGGCAGGGCGCGUGGGCGAACGUGUGCGUGACGCAGCCGCGGCGCAUCUCCGCCGUCAGCGUCGCCGAGAGAGUGGCUGCCGAGCGCUGCGAGGACCUGGGCAACAGCGUCGGGUACUGCGUGCGUUUCGAGUCGGUGCUGCCUCGUCCGUACGGGUCCAUCAUGUUCUGUACUGUCGGCGUGCUGCUCAGGAAGCUCGAGGGAGGACUGAGGGGUGUCAGCCAUGUUCUCGUUGAUGAGGUACACGAACGCGACGCAGACACGGACUUCGCCUUGAUCUUGCUGCGCGACCUGGCUCACACUUACCCCGACGUACGGAUCAUUCUCAUGUCAGCUACCGUAGACACUACGCUCUUCACCACCUACUUCGGAAACUGUCCUGUUAUUGAGGUGCCUGGACGCACUUACCCCGUGACUCAGUACUUCCUAGAGGACGCCAUCGAGCUCACCAAGUUCGUGCCGCCGCUGGAGUCGCGCAAGCGUAAAGCGUCCGGCAAGAAGGCCAGCCGGGACGACGAUGAUGAUGAGGACGAAGGAAUGGGGGCGGAUGAGCAGGACGAAGACUUGAACAAAAACUGCCAGUUGAGCAGCGAUUACUCACCGCAGACCUCGCAGUCUAUGGCGCAGCUCUCCGAGAAAGAUCUAAGCUUCGAACUGAUCGAAGCAAUACUCCUGUACAUCACGAACCUCCGUCAAUCCGGCGCAGUGUUGGUGUUCCUACCCGGCUGGAACCUCAUAUUCGCGCUGAUGAGGCACCUCUCCCAGCACCGCGUGUUCGGGGACCAGUCUCGCUACGUGAUACUGCCGCUGCACAGCCAGAUCCCGAGGGAAGACCAGAAGAAGGUGUUCGUCACUCCGCCUCCAGAUAUCACCAAGGUGAUCCUAUCAACGAACAUAGCGGAGACGUCGAUCACUAUCAACGACGUGGUGUACGUGAUAGACUCGUGCAAGGCCAAGAUGAAGCUGUUCACGUCGCACAACAAUAUGACCUCCUACGCUACCGUGUGGGCCAGCCGGACUAACUUGGAACAGCGUAAAGGUCGCGCAGGUCGCGUGCGCCCCGGCGUGUGCUUCACGCUGUGCUCGCGAGCGCGGUUCGACCGACUGGAGGAACACCUCACGGCUGAGAUGUUCAGGACUCCGCUGCAUGAACUGGCUCUCAGUAUCAAGCUCCUCCGGCUGGGCAGCAUCGGCCACUUCCUGUCGAAGGCGCCGGAGCCGCCGCCGCUGGACGCGGUGAUCGAGGCGGAGGCGAUGCUUCGCGAGCUGGGCUGCCUCGACGCCGGCGACAACCUCACGCCGCUGGGAACCAUCCUCGCCAAGCUGCCCAUAGAACCUCGCCUCGGCAAGAUGAUGGUGCUGGGCUUCGUGCUGGGCGUGGGCGACGCGCUGACGACCAUGGCGGCCAACUCGACCACGUUCCCCGAGAUCUUCGUGGUGGAGGGCCGCCGCAAGCUGUCCGGGCACCAGCGGGCGCUGGCCGGGGAGCGGGCUUCGGACCAUGUCGCCAUGCUCAACGCUUUCCAGAUGUGGGAGAGGGAACGUGCAAAGGGCGAAGACUCAGAAAUGCAGUGGUGCGACUGGAAGGGCGUGCAGCAGACUACGCUGCGGGUCACCUACGAAGCUAAAUACCAGCUUAUAAAUAUCUUAACGACAGCUAUAGGCUUCCCAGAAGAGUGUACAAUCCCGCAGCGGUGGAACCCUAAUGUACAGGACCCGGUGUUGGACUUAGUGAUAGCACUGCUAUGCAUGGGGCUGUACCCUAACGUGUGCUUGCAUCAGGGAAAGAGGAAGGUGUUGACAACAGAAGGCAAACCAGCAUUGAUCCACAAGACGUCAGUGAACUGCAGCAACUUGGAGCUCAAGUUUCCGUCGCCGCUGUUCGUGUUCGGGGAGAAGGUGCGCACGCGCGCCAUCAGCUGCAAGCAGACCACCAUGGUGACGCCGCUGCAUCUGCUGCUCUUUGGCAGCAACAAGGUUGAAUGGGUAGACAACGUAAUUCGGCUAGACAACUGGUUGAACUUCGACAUGUCUCCGCGGGUCGCCGCAAUGAUCACGGCACUACGACCCGCCAUCGAAGAAAUUGUCAAACGAGCUGCCGAGGAGCCCGCCGCUGCUUUGCACUUCUCUCCAGCUGAACAGAAGGUAAUAAACUGCGUCAAAGCGCUGUGCGUGAUCGACGCGGGAGACUACAACAUACAGCGGGAAACAAGCACGCCUUCGUUCAGGCCGGACGGGCCUAAACGAGGCACGGGCCGCGGCUGGGGCACCAGCGGCCCGAGGGGCGGCGGCGGCUUCGGAGGCGGCUAUGGCAGCUCGGGCGGCUUUGGCGGCAACUCUGGUGGCUACGGCGGCUUCCGAGGCAACCGCGGCGGCUCUGGCGGCGGGCGCGGCGGCUCUGGCGGCGGGCGCGGCGGCUACGGUGAUUCUGGGGGAUACAACAACGGAGGCGGUUUCGGAAGAGGCGGAAACCGAGGAGGCUUCAGAGGCGGUAGAGGUGGCCGCGGAGGCUGGAGGCCCUACAACGGCCUGUAUUAAAACAUUCCUAAAUAUACGCAAGACGUAACCCGUGUGAUUUAGU